AUGUCUGUUUAUACUCCUUCAUUAUAAUACUUACUUGAAAAAGUCAAUAAGUAUAAAUAUCCAUUUUGCUCUAAACAUGCUGACCAAGAUCCUCUUAAUAUGAUAUGUUUAGAUUCUAGAUGUGAACAUGAAUAUCAAUUAGAACCUAUAUGCUCUAUAUGUGCUGAUAAUAACACACACAAAAAAUCAUUUCAUAUUUAGCACAAUGUUCGCCAAGUUCUUAAAGAUUUACUCUAUUAAUGUGAAGCCUUCCCUAUUUCCUCUUCUGAUUAUACAACAAGCGAAUGUGAAAGCAAGUUAAAUUGGCUAUAAAAAGAAUUUCAUAGACUAGGAGAAGAAUGUUUUUAAAUUGCUAAUUCCAUUACCAAGGCUAUAGAAUAAUAUAAAAUAUCUUAAGAGAGUGAAUAUGUCGAAAAAUUGAAGAUAAAAAAACUAAUUGAGGAAAUUUUGGAAGUAGAGACUGAGAGAACACUGAGAAAAAACAUGCAAACGAUAUGGUCUUUAUGCAAAGUUGAAAAUGAAAAAGCAAUAAUAAAUUAGGUGAAUAACUUGAUAACAAAAAGAAAUGUAGAAUUGAAUACUAUGAAAUAUACAGAGAGACUCUAAUAUACUAUCAAUAAAAUAAAUGAGUUAAAAUUGGAAUAACUCAUAGAUAUUCCUUCUUUUCAUAAAGACAUAAUUAGGAAAAAGCUUGAAUUCGAUAUGGAUGAAACUCUUCUUUUAGAGCAAAGAAUUAAGAGCAAGGCAGAUUAGGCUGUAAAAGAAUCGCUCUUAUUCAAAGGUAAUACCUAUCUCAGCCCAUUGCUUUCAUACAAGUAGUAGAUAGAUAAUGCCAAAAAGAGAGCAGUAGCAGAAGCAAACGAUAAAGGAAAUCAUCCAACUUCAUUGGUAAUUUAGCACAUAUGA